GUCUUCCUUCCUUCCUUCUUUCCUUCCUCCUUUCCUUCCUCCCUCACUCCGCUCCCUCCCUCUUUGCCUGUACCUUGCACUUUACUCUCGGAGUUCAGUGAGAGCCGAGCUGCUACCUACAACAUUUCCACCCUGUCCCCAACCCCCAUCAGCAAGAAUGGAGACAGGGUUUCCGGAGAGACCAAACUCUCCUCUCAGCAUCUUUUCCAUCCGCUGUUGCUAAACUGGCUUCAGAGGGCGAGGGGUGAGGGAAGUCCGACCCCCCUUACACCUCUUCAACUACAACACCAACCAACUCCACCCCAAAGCCAGAUUUUGCAUCCUGGGGGCGGGACAGACCUCGUCCCGGACUGAAUUCUCUUUCUACUCUUCGAGGUUGGCACACCCAGAAUGAAGAAGAUGAGCAACAUUUAUGAGUCGGCUGCCAAUACGCUGGGAAUUUUUAACAGCCCCUGCCUCACCAAAGUUGAGCUGCGUGUGGCGUGUAAAGGCAUUUCCGACAGAGAUGCUCUUUCCAAACCAGACCCCUGUGUCAUCCUCAAGAUGCAGUCCCACGGGCAGUGGUUUGAGGUUGACAGAACGGAGGUGAUUCGCACCUGCAUAAACCCAGUGUAUUCAAAACUGUUUACUGUGGACUUUUACUUUGAAGAGGUGCAGCGGCUGCGGUUUGAGGUCCAUGACAUCAGCAGCAACCACAAUGGGCUGAAGGAGGCCGACUUCCUGGGUGGCAUGGAGUGCACGCUUGGCCAGAUUGUUUCCCAGAGAAAGCUGUCCAAAUCUUUGUUGAAGCACGGGAACACGGCAGGGAAAUCCUCCAUCACGGUGAUUGCUGAAGAAUUAUCCGGCAACGAUGACUACGUUGAACUUGCAUUCAAUGCACGGAAAUUGGAUGACAAGGAUUUCUUCAGUAAAUCUGACCCAUUUCUGGAAAUUUUUCGUAUGAAUGAUGAUGCAACUCAGCAGCUCGUGCACCGAACUGAGGUUGUGAUGAAUAACUUAAGCCCAGCCUGGAAAUCAUUCAAAGUAUCAGUAAAUUCUCUAUGCAGUGGAGAUCCAGACCGCCGACUGAAGUGCAUAGUAUGGGACUGGGACUCCAAUGGCAAACACGACUUCAUUGGAGAAUUCACCUCAACAUUCAAGGAGAUGAGAGGAGCAAUGGAAGGGAAACAGGUGCAGUGGGAGUGCAUCAACCCCAAGUACAAAGCCAAGAAGAAGAAUUACAAGAACUCAGGCAUUGUGAUUUUGAAUCAGUGCAAGAUCCACAAAAUGCAUUCUUUCUUGGAUUACAUCAUGGGUGGCUGCCAAAUCCAGUUUACAGUAGCAAUAGAUUUCACUGCCUCAAAUGGGGACCCCAGGAACAGCUGUUCCCUGCACUACAUCCACCCUUACCAACCCAAUGAGUACCUGAAGGCGUUGGUGGCUGUGGGGGAGAUUUGCCAAGACUACGACAGUGACAAAAUGUUCCCAGCCUUUGGGUUCGGUGCCAGGAUACCCCCAGAGUACACGGUCUCUCAUGACUUUGCAAUCAACUUUAAUGAAGACAACCCAGAAUGUGCAGGAAUUCAAGGAGUUGUGGAAGCCUAUCAGAGCUGCCUUCCGAAGCUCCAACUCUACGGUCCCACCAACAUCGCCCCCAUCAUUCAGAAGGUUGCCAAGUCAGCAUCAGAGGAGACUAACACCAAGGAGGCGUCGCAAUACUUCAUCCUGCUGAUCCUGACCGACGGCGUCAUCACAGACAUGGCUGACACCCGGGAGGCUAUCGUCCACGCCUCCCACCUGCCCAUGUCGGUCAUCAUCGUGGGAGUGGGCAACGCUGACUUCAGUGACAUGCAGAUGCUGGAUGGUGACGAUGGAAUUCUGAGGUCGCCCAAGGGAGAGCCUGUCCUUCGGGACAUCGUCCAGUUCGUACCCUUCAGGAACUUCAAACACGCAUCUCCAGCUGCCCUGGCAAAGAGCGUGUUGGCUGAAGUCCCAAACCAAGUCGUGGACUAUUACAAUGGCAAAGGGAUUAAGCCAAAAUGUUCAUCAGAAAUGUAUGAGUCUUCCCUGACACUAGCACCGUGAACUCCACGCACUUUUACAGAGUUCUGAAAUACUAUUCCUGCUAAUAUUUAAUACUUCUACUACUCCUGUACUUAAAAAACACACGCACAUACACAUUCAAAAAUAGCACGUUUUGGUGAUUUUUAACUAACCGACAGUUUUUUUUUGCAUGUGUAGCCCUGAGGCCUGGAUCUAUUAAGCCCGUGUAUUGUUAAAGACUUUUUACAAAGAAACACAGAUAAUGAUAACUUAUUCUUUACAUUACAGCAUGUCGCCUUGAAAUAAAAUGGUAUCUGUAUCUGUUUUUUAUACAGGUUUGUUGAAAUUUUGCUAAAUUUCUUAUUAUCUUUACACUGUAAAGCAUUUUGAAACAUUUAUUGAAUGUUGAUAGCCAAAACAUAUUUGGUUUUAUCUGCUACAGGAUGAGAGACUUUUCAAAAUGGCAGAUGCAUGGACUGUAUUUUGCAUGUUUAAAAUAAAAAAAACAACAACACACUGUUUUUGCAGUUGUUAUCUCUAGUUCCUCCCUGCUGGGAAUGGUCUCUCUGCUGAAGAGGUUUGUCACCUAGAGGUAGUCUUCUUCAAGUGGGUCUGGGGCACCGAGCCCAGUAUCUCUAGAUUUCACUGUGCACGCAAACCACCUGAGGAGCUUGUUAAAAUUCAGCCUGUGAUGCAAUAGGUCUGCGUGGGCCCACGAUUCUGCAGCUCUAACAAGCUGCCAGGUGGGGCCAGUGCAGUCCUCAGGCCACACUAAGAGUACCGAGCUUCUAGACUUCAGGGUGUGAGUGUAGAGACCAACCAAAGCAGGGCCGCACCUAGUCUGCUUGAGAAUGGCGCCUCUU